AUGGGACGCCCUCCCAAAAGAGUCAGCCAGGAGAAUAUCGAAAGAUUUCAGUCCGAGCUAGAGGAAGCAGGGCAAGAUGUGGAGCUGUUGUUGAAAGAUAAGAAAGGAAGAUCGCGUUCAUGUCUUCUUUGUCAGAGAAGGAAGCGGCGAUGCGAUCAUAAACUUCCGAGCUGCACAGCAUGUCUAAAAGCUGCUGUUAAGUGUAUACAGCCUGCAAAAUAUGUAACAAAAACUCCCCAAUCUAGCAUUUCUGCCCAACAAACUCCAGCACCAAAUACUUCGCAAACGAGAAACAAUAAGGACGGGAAGGAUGAGUAUGCACGUUUCCUCGAAAAGAAACUGAAAUACCUCGAAAAAAUGUUAGACUUACCUCCAAAUGGGGCAUCUUUCAAGAACAAACUCUCCAAUUAUAAAAGAAUUGCGCAUCUGCUAGACACUGGCGAUGGUAAUCUGGAUACACUUCCACUGCUACAAAGAGUGAUGUACACGGAUCCUAGCAUGGCUCCACCAGUAUCCUCUUCAUCAUCUCCUAUUCUCCCCCCGCCUCAGAAACCAAAAAUUUUCCCUCUAACUGGUGAGAAUUUGGUAAAUAAGGCACUUAUAACACCUCCAAACAUUCAACCGCCAACGUCCCUUGCGGCGUUAUCGACGGAUACACUCGAAAGUAUAGACUUCUCGAAAUGUAUUUUCGCAAAAUACAAUCUAAAAGAAUUUCUGCGGUACGAUCCGGCGUUUGAGUUCGAAGAACAAUUAUCCAGAGCAUUCCUCGAUAUUUACUUUACGCGACUUCAGUUCAAAUACCCCCUACUUGACGAACAAGAAAUUUACUCUUUCCACAAAGACUAUAUCAGUAACAAUGUCCACUCGUAUUCUACUCAAGAAUUUCACUUUGCUUGUGGUAGAAUGUGGCUUAUUUUCAGCAUAAGUGCUUGUCUGCACAAGUCGACAGGAAAAUAUCGUGGCUUGCCUCCAAACCGUUAUUUUUCGACGGCCAUACGCCAUAUCACCAAAUGCGGGUCAGUCUUGACCUAUAUUCAACAGGUCGAGGUACUUACACUACUAGUCCUUUACAUCAUCAGAACCGAUAGGGAUUCCAUCGAUCUUUAUGAGAUUAUUGGGGAUGUUAUGGCUAUAUGCAAGGAUAAGCUGUUCCUUAACAAGUGGAAUCCCCAGGAUACAUUUGCAAACAAAAAGCUAAGGCUCUUUUGGUGCGUUUACCUCCUUGAAAGAAUGAUAUGUGUGGCGGUUGGAAAGCCUUACACUAUUCCUGAAUCUGAAAUUGACCUGCCGUUUUUCAAUGAAGAUAGUUUUAAUACUAACUCAAUCAGUCAUCAAAAAAGACAUAAAAGAGGCGUCCAUUUUAUUAAUCAGUCGCUCAAACUGAGACGCAUAGAAUCCGAAUUUGUUGAAACCUUGCAGAGUAUCCCCCAAUUUCCUGUCAGAGGUGAGACAGUAAGAACAACUUCUGAGCUGGCCCAGCAACUGCCGCUCGUAAAGAAGUUCUUUCACGAUUUAGAGGUGUGGCGAUCAAACUGCUCUACAUCACAUGUUCGAAAUUUCGAAAACGAAACGUUGAAGUUGUAUUAUUACAGGUCUGUAAGGCUUUUGAUUCAGCCUUAUUUGGAGCUCCUAGAGCCGGAAGAUAGGCUUUUCAGAGAAUGCCAAGCGGCAGCUGGGCAGAUUUGCCAGCUUUACAAAAUCUUUCACCAGAAAACUGUGUAUGGACAUUCUACUCCUGCUGUUCACACGGUAUUUGUUGCGGGAGUUACGUUAAUCUACUGCAUGUGGCUGGCAAGGAACCUUGACGAUGAAAGGAGGCGAAAAUUAGGUGAUGAUUCAAAACAUACGAGACCUCUCAUAAGCCCGAGCUUAUUUUCGACUUUAGAUGACUUGAGAGCUUGCUCCGUUUGUUUAUAUGUUAUGGCAGAAAGAUCAAAGUUUGCCAUAAUAUUUCGUGACACAUUUGAUCAGUUGAUGAACGCUACCAUAGGAAAUCUGAUUGAGCGGUGUGGCCCAGAUUCUGCUGAGUUGGUGUAUAUUGCUACCUCGUCCAGCAGUGAAGCGGAUAUAACACCAUGUGAAACUAAUGAUGAGAAUUUAGGUCGAGAUAUGAACAACCUAUUGAAUCAACCGGAAAAGGAAGGUAUGCCUCCGGCGAUUAGGAGAACUUUUGGUAAAUUUCAAGCGAACGAGCAUGUAGGUUUUGUUGAAAAUUCACAAAUCGAUCCUGCUGAACAAAGGGAAUUGCAGAAGAAGCAGGGCGAUUUGGAAAAGGUUGCCGUCCCCAAGAAAUUAUCCUAUUUAUUGGUGAAAGACGAAGAGCCAGAACAUGAAGUAUUACCUAAAGGAACCCCUGAACGGAAAAAGCCAGCAACCUCUUUGCGACAAAAGGAAAAGGAUAAAUAUAUGGUAAAAAAGCCACCGCACAUAAGCGAAUCUGAUUGGGAAGGGUUUCAACAACAAGCAUUUUUACAACAGCAUCAUGCACAGCAAACUCUUCAAGCUUACUUAGCUUCUUUGAACAAAAAGAUUACUUCGGAAGUUACUGGCUAUAGCUUACCUCCAUAUGGAUCUGUCCAAGAAAACAAUACUCUGGAUCGACAAAUUCCAUCUGCGUCAACGAUCAGUGGGGCAACAGGUGUAGUAAAUGAGCUGAAGCAAAUUCCACCAUCAACCGAAAAUUCUUCGUCUGCAUGGGACCACGAAAACGCACGGGCGGUGCAGAAUCAGAACUUCGGCGUUAUGGGUAACAUGGCAGUCAGUCCGUUGAAUUCUCCUUCAUUCUUACAACGUCCAAUAUCAAACGUUUCUCCAAAUUCUCUGGAUGCAGGUGAAAUUCUAUUUAAUAAUGGCGCACACACAAUGAUUAACAAUAUUUCCUCGUGGACGAAUGAUUCGGUUGCAGAGCUAAUUAACACCAGACACCCUGAACAGGAAGUGUCUUCCUCUGCAAAUGACAUGAUGGGUAACGGCACAAACAAAAAUAAUCUGAUGGGAGGUAGGAAUGAAACUUCAGAAAACCACUUGAAUAUACUCCCUGCUGAGGGUAAUUGGAGAGCAGAUAAUCAGAGCCGUAGUAACUCGCAAUCACAAGAUCUGUCAAACUACCCCUCACAACAAGCCCAAAGAACUAAUGAUGUGUCCAAUUCUCAGCAAAUUCAGAGUGGUGCUCAAGUGGACACCGUCUUUGGAAUGCCAGUAGAGGAAUUUUGGACGGUAAACGAUGAUUACGGAUUCUUAGCCUAG